GCUCUCGUGAAUAGAGAAACCCCUUCCCCUUUUUCUUUCAUCGGCGGUACUGUCGGUGCUGUUUUGACAUGCCCUUUGGAGGUUGUCAAAGUUCGUCUCCAAUCGUCACAAGGCGUCGCCCUUCGUUCCGCUCCUCAGAUCGUUUUGGAAAAAAGCAAAUCUACAACAAAUAUUGCACGCUCAAUGUGGUCUACUACAUCCUCGAACCCUGUUACCACACAGUCCGCAUCAUUAGAACAUGCACACGUUUGUUUCCAGUGUGAUAUCAACAAGUAUCCCUUCUCCGAAUCCCCUACAUGGUUGCGCUCUCGUCAUUCGCUCACACCAAUCAAUUCUCACUCCGCAUCUGUGGCCUCCUCAACUGAGUUCCCUAUCAAACCGAAUACAACUCGGUUACCAAACACCGGCGUCCGGCGUUCCGUUUUGAUCCGCUGUCUGGUCGAUAUUUUUCGUGAUGAGGGGUAUAGUGCACUAUUCAAAGGUCUUUUACCCACUCUGAUUGUAUAUACUGUAGCUUUUGGGAAAGUUAUUUACAACCGUAAAUACUCAUUCUAUCGAGACCCGAAUACAGUUUUUACAUUUAACUACACGAUUUUGGUCGCCGGUCUCCAUCCGACUUCCGAGGCUUUAACCGGGUUGGUGGACCACUGGUGGUUCACCUUAGAGAGUUGGCUAAAAACCUUGAUUCUAAACCAACCAAGAGGAGGCGUACGAAUCACACUUUCUCGGUUGUUUCAGUGGUCACCGGCUCGACUGGACAUCGAUGUGUAUUGGGCAUCUUGGACGUUCGACUCCGUCCCAAAGGCGUAUGAUUCGAUAAACUUGGCACCGAUCCCCAAUGAAUAA